AUGAAAAGAUCCAAAUCUUACUCCUCCGUAUUGAAUUUGGAGCAUAUUCAAGGUCUCUAUGAGUUAUCGGAGGAAGAGAAACAAAAUAUUCAGCGUAGAAAACAAAUUGAACAUUUUAAAAAGGAAGUAAAACAGUUAAGACGAUAUGUGGAGGAAAUUAAAACGUUUCGGGAUCAAUGGGUGUGGGUGAAAUAUGCGAGAAAAGUUGUGAUGAUUACUCACUUGAUUACCGCGGUUUAUAUUAUGGCAGAAAAAACAUUACGAGUUUUAAAUAUUUCUUUGUAUCGCACAGUAUCUCAUCAAUUAUCAUUUAGUCAAUUAAUGAAGUCUUGGAUGCAAAACAAAUUCGAACAAAGUAAUUCAUUACAAAAUUUAAAAGAUGCAUUACAAAAAUAUCAUGAAAAUGUUUCGAGACAAUACCAAGAACAAAAGCAACGAAGAUCAGAGUAUUUACAAUAUUUAGCCUCUCUGCCACCAGAAUCAUUAAACAGCCAAUCAUCAUCUACACAGGGAGGUUUGCUAAGUUAUAUUUCGAGCCUAUUUGGAAGUGAUAGUGGUGCUAGAAAAGUUUCAACGAAUAUUUUGGAUUUCAUGGACCCGUCAGAUGGAUUGACAUACUUUGGGGAUGAUGGCGUUUUUGCAUCAUUUCUGAAAGAGGCUGAUGGAAAUGCAUCUGCUUUCAAUUCGUUCUCCUCGUUAAAGACAGAACAUUUUACCAACACAAUGACACGAAGUAUAUUUGCUUCUCAAGGCUUUCGAGCUAUUGCAAGGUUAUUUUGGAAAGAAACAUUGCAAAGUGGCUCUCUCAUUUUCCUUGUUUAUUGGUUUGGAAAACAGAACAUUCGAAAGAGAGUAUUUGCAACCAUUUUGCUCUUUUUGUUCAACGUUUACAUGCUAGUGUUUGAUAUGCAUUCUGGAUCUUCAGCACGAUUUAGAACCAUUUUGCGAUGGAAUGUCAUUUUUAAUAUUCUGUCGUUAGUGACAUUCUUGCUCUUUAAGCAACAUUUGAACAUUACAACAGAAUAUUUUGAUCAAAGAUAUCUGAAAGAUUAG